AUGCCAGUCCAAGCAACACCAUUGCCUGCCGCAGCUGCACCCACCGUUCCUUCAACAGUGACAGCAACACCGCCCACCACCGCCACGCCAGCCACAGAAGAAAGACAAUGCACCGCAUCACACGCAGAGCGCAAGAGCCUCGAAGACGACUGCCCCAUCUGCCAAGAACCCCUGGAAUUGACACCACUAGCUGACCUAGUAUGGUGCAAAGCCCAAUGCGGCACCAACUUCCACCGCGAAUGCUGGGCGGAGUGGGAAAGCAGCCAAUUAGGCAGCACAUCGACCGGCCUCCCAACCCUCCGCUGCGCCUUCUGCCGCACAUCUUGGCCCACCCCUUGCCACCACGACACAUCCACACCCCCCGCCGCCCCGACGAUCCAACCCGAACCCGCUGCAGACGACGACGCUGCCGCCGCCGCCGACGACGACGACGAGGAAGACACCUUCUUCCCGCCAUCGUUCUUCGACCCCCGCAGCCACGUCUGGUCCCUCUGGUCGCCAUCUCCGUCCGCCACCACCACCACCACCACAUCGUCGUCACCAGACCACUCCUCCCCCCUCGCCGCCCUGUUCGACCCGGCCCGCCACACGCGCCCGCUACUACGCGACCGCCGCGCGCGGGCGGACGUCUUCUUCUUCGCUCUGCCUGCCGCCACUGCCGCCGAUGCCGACGAUGAGGAGGCACGAGGAGACGGUGACGGGGAGGGAGAUGGACUGCACAACGACAUCGCAGCCUCGCUCGCCGCACUGUUCAACCCGCGCGUGCAUCGACGCGCGCAGGUAUUUUGUGGGUGGGAGACAGCGGAGAACGAGGAGGAGGGCGGCGGCGGCGGCGGGACGGGGUUCGAUGUGCUGUUUGAUGCGAAGAGGCAUGGGCGCGCGUUGAGGAGUGAGCGGUUGGCGCGGGCGGCGGUGUUGGAUGCGGAUGACGAUGGUGAGGGUGGUGUGUUGGGGGCGUUGUUCGAGGAGGAGGUUUGUGAGGUGGAGGAAGAAGAGAAGCUGCAGCAGGGCGGAAAGGGGAGGGAGCUGCAGAUGGUGUAUGUGACGCUUGUGGAUGAUCCGGGGAAGGAGGAGGAGAGAGAUGGGGGUGAGGAUGAGGAGGAGCAGGAGGAGCCGACGGGGUUGUGUGAGCGGGUGGCUUGCGUCACCGCCGCCGCGUCCUCCCCCUCCGCCGUCCGCACAAUCGCCAGCCACACCUCCACGCACCACGCCUCGCUCCUCUCCACCCUCCCCGCCGACGACGGCAUCGACCCGUCCAGCCCGACCUUCCGCGACAACGCGACGGCGUUCGCGGCGGUGCAGGCGCGCGUGGCGGAGCUGCACGCGGCGGCCGCGCGCGGCGGGCCCGACAAGGCGCGCGAGAAGCACGUCGCGCGCGGCAAGAUGCUGGUGCGGGACCGCGUGGCGGCGCUGAUCGACCCGGGCACGAGCUUCCUCGAGCUGAGCGCGCUGGCCGGGUACGGGUGUUACGAGGGCGAGGACGUGCCGGCGGGUGGGAUAGUGACGGGGAUUGGGGUGGUCGAGGGGGUAAGAUGCGUGAUUGUGGCGAAUGAUAGCACGGUUAAGGGCGGGACGUACUAUCCGAUCACUGUGAAGAAGCACCUGAGAGCGCAGGCCAUUGCGCAGGAGAAUAGGUUGCCUUGCAUUUAUUUGGUCGACUCUGGCGGCGCGAACCUGCCCCAUCAGGCCGACGUCUUCCCCGACCGCGAACACUUCGGCCGCAUUUUCUUCAACCAGGCCAGGAUGUCAUCAAUGGGUAUUCCUCAAAUCAGCGUUGUGAUGGGUCCAUGUACCGCGGGCGGCGCCUACGUCCCCAGCAUGUCUGACGAGUCCAUCAUCGUCGCCAAGCAAGGCCACAUUUUCCUCGCCGGCCCGCCGCUAGUCAAGGCCGCGACCGGCGAAGUCGUGAGCGCCGAAGAUCUCGGCGGCGGAGCGCUGCACAGCGAGAUCUCGGGCGUGACGGACUACCUGGCCGUCGACGACGCCCACGCCCUCGUCCUCGCGCGCCGCAGCAUCGCCAACCUCAACUACCCCAAAGCCACCUCCCCCUCUCCUUCGUCGCUCGACGCCCCCAACCGGACCGAGACGUGGGACGAGCCGCUGCACGACCCGAAGGAGCUGGCCGGCAUCGUGGGCACCAACCCGCGGCUCCCCGUGCCGGCGCGCGCCAUCAUCGCGCGCAUCGUCGACGGCUCGCGCUUCGACGAAUUCAAGCCGCUGUACGGCACGACGCUGGUCACGGGCUUCGCGCGCAUCCAGGGCCACCCCGUCGGCAUCCUGGCCAACGACGGCAUUUUGUUUUCCGAGGCGUCGCUCAAGGGCGCCCACUUCAUCCAGCUGUGCAGCAAGCGCGGCAUCCCCUUGGUCUUCCUGCAGAACAUCUCCGGCUUCAUGGUCGGCGCUGAUGCUGAGAAGGGCGGCAUCGCGAAGAACGGCGCCAAGCUCGUUACGGCUGUCAGCUGCGCCGAUGUGCCCAAGUUUACUGUUGUUGUGGGGAGUAGCGCUGGCGCGGGCAAUUAUGGCAUGUGCGGCCGCGCCUAUUCGCCACGGUUCCUUUGGACUUGGCCCAACGCCCGCACGUCCGUCAUGGGCCCCGAGCAGCUGUCGUCCGUCAUGGAGGCCGUCGGCAAGCAGGCCGAUCCGGCGCUGAAAGCGCGCAUCGAGCGCGAGAGCGAGGCCACGUUUGGUAGUGCUAGGCUCUGGGAUGACGGCAUCAUUCCGCCCGAGCACACGCGUGCGGUGCUCGGGUUGGGGUUGGAGGUCGCGAGCCAAGGGCGUGCGGCGGAGAGGAGAGAGAGGGAGAGGAGUGAGAAGUGGGGUGUGUUCAGGAUGUAA